AUGAGAGGGCCCCCUUUUCCCCAGCUCUGCAGUUCGGGGGCCCCUGGGGCCCCUAAAGUUACUGACAGGGUCUGGGGGCCCCCCGCACCCCCGUCUGAGUUUCUGUGGGACUCUGCAGCAGUGCUGCAGCACUUAGGCUGCUACUUGACGGCCAGGGACCUGCUGCAGCUCUGCUGCUGCUGCCGCCAGCUGCAGCAGCAGCAGCAGCCUGGGGGGCUGCUGCACAGCGCCCUUGAAGCAGCACUAGCUGAGCUUCUGCCGGGGCCCACAGGCAGGUUUGAGUUGCUGCUGGAGGCCACAGAUGCGAGUCCUAACUUAGGAGGCCCCCCAGGUUCUAAUUGCUGCUGCUGCUGCUGCUGCAAUCGCACUGCAGAAAAAGCAACGGCCCUCAGAACAGCAGGAGUAGCUGCUGCGGCUGCGCGCCGAGCCGCCGCCACAGCAGCAGCAGCAGCAGCAGCAGCAGCAGCAACAGACCAACGGGAAGACACAGGAGCCGAAAGGAAGCGGCUAAGACUCGAGAGCCCCCCGCCACCAGCAGCAGCUAGCAGAGCAGCUAGAGGCCCCAAGCAAGUGAAGCCCGCUUGUGAGGGGCCCCCACCUUUUCGCUGCUGCAGCAGCUGCUGCUGCUGCAGGGGCCCCCAACCAGCCCAAAGGGCCCCUCAGCUUUCGCUGCAGCAGCACGCGUCUUUCUUUCUGCGCCUCAGGCGCUGCUGGCGGCUUCUAACGAGGCCGCCACGAAGCCUCGUCGAGCCUACAGCAGCAGCAGCAGCAGCAGCAAGCUCACCAAAGGCAGCCGCAGCAGCGGCAGCAGCAAACGCGGCUUCGCCGUCCUUAGCAGAUGGCCAACAGCCGAGCUCUCUCGGGCCUUACUUAGAAGAGGCGGCAGCAACGGAUCCAGCAGCAGGGGCUCCAGCAGCAUCAGCAGCAGCUGCUGCUGCCCCUACAGCAGGUGCAGCUGAAGCAGCAGCAGCUGCAGCAGAGGCCGCGCUGACUCUGGACUUCCUCUUCAGCUGGAGUCCUGCUAGGCCUCUUCGCCUCUGCCGCCGCCAGUGCCUGCAGCUACACAGCCUCGCCGCUGCGACUUUGCCAGUUCAUAGCCAGCAGCACAACAGCAGCACAGGCAGCAGCAGCAGCUGCUGCUGCUGCUGCUGCUUGUGCUGCAGCAGCAGCAGCAGCAAAGGGGUUCUCAAGGAGCUGCUGCUUGUUGGCCAGGGGCGGUCGCUGAAGCUGUUGACCCCGGAGACUCUUGAUGUGCUUCCGACGGCAGUUCGGGUUGCGCGCCGUAGAAUGGCACAGCAGCAGCAGCAGCAACAACAGCAACAACAACAACAGCAGCAGCAGCAGCAGCAAAGCCAUGAGCAGCAGGAUGAUCGGCAGCAGCAGCAGCAGCAGCAGAAGCGGCAGCGGCAGGAACAGCAGCAGCAGCAGCAGCGCCAGUGGCGAGCAGGGAAAGGCCUCUCCCUGCCAGCAGCAGAAAACGGCUACAUACUUCUCUCUUCGCCAAAAUAUAUUGUUGCACUUCCCAGGUUUUUUUUAGGGACUUCUCCUGAGACGUGGCCGUUUAGUGGACAGCAGAGCCCGCGCAGCCGCAGCAGCAGACGCAGCAGACGCAGCAGCAGCAGCAGCAGCAGCAGCAGCGGGAGAGAUGACAGCGAAAGCGACAGCAGCAGCGCUGUAGUCUCACCCCCUGAAGUGGCUGUGCAUGGAAGCGUUCAAGCAGAAAGCCGCAGAGGCAGAAGCAGCAGCCGGAACAGCAGCGGCAGCAACAGGAGCAGCAGAAGCAGCAGCAACACCAGCAGUGACGAAAGUAAUGAGGACGUCCGUGGAGAUGACCCGGAACUGCGUGUUCCGCAGGGCUGUUUGUGGUGCGUAGAAGCUCCCAGCAUACGCAGCAGACGCAGCAGCAGCAGAAGCAACGAUAACAGGGCCGCCAGCAGCAGCCGCUGCAGCACCUGCUGCUGCUGCACCGAGCGUGAGCAGCCAGGCGCAGCAGAAGGGGGCCCCCAGGAACUGCUGCAGGGUCCUGUCCUCCGCGUGGGGCCGCCUCGAAGAAUAGCCACUGGGGAAGUUGGAGUCACAGCUGGCUGCCUCUCUGGCCCCUGGGUUUGCUUCGGGUUUGAAGACUCCCUUACCCUCCACUGCCUCUGUCUGCUGAAGAGAGCCUGGGGGCAGGCCGCGCUCCCGCUGCAGCAGCAAAGACUCCAGUGGCAGCAGAAGCAUAAGCGUUUGCUGCGGCUGGGGAAGCUGGCAGCUGUAGCCCGCUGCGCCGAGGGGGAAUGCCAGGCAGGGGUUUCUUGCCUCGAAUGUCGCCACGUGUCUCUGGAGACCUGCAGAGACCUUCUUGGCUUGCGUUCAGAGCAGCAGCAGCAGCGAAAGCAGCAGCAGCAGCAGCAGCAGCACCAGCCGACCAGUUCCAGGAGGGAGCAGCAGCUCCCAUCUGGUGGCAUUGCAGAUGGCAGCGGCUCCCGCCUCGUGGGCGUGGCUUCCAAGCGCGAGCACGUUCAGGUGCUUAACACGGCCCUCCGCAAGCCGGGGCGGCCAAGAGCAAUGACGGACAGCGCACGGCAGUGCCAACAGAAGCAGCUGCUGAAACAGCAGCAGCAGCAGCAAACUCAAGCAUGGUGGACGUCAUUUCAGGUUUUUGUUUUGAGCGGCACCGUGCUGCUGCAGGCGGGGUCGGUGCCUCACGUCGAUCCUUCAAUUGAGCUGCUAGCAGGAGCAGCAGCACCAUAA